AUGCCGUCUCCGCCAUUGUCAAUAGUCCAGCCGCUCUCCCCUCGAGUCGCCAUCCUCGCGUCGGACGAUGUCAAGCUUAGCUGCGAGGCGAACGGGUGUAGGGGGAUGGAGGAGCUGUUGCGGCCUUGGGAGGGCGGGACGGAGCGGGUGUCGGUGCUCUCCUCGACGCUGACGCCGACGGUACACCCGUCGUUCCCUCUCCGGUUCGUCAGCUUUGACUCUAUCUUUCCGAAUCCUGCUGUCGGGGCGCCAAUGCCGGAUAUGGUCGUGGACAUGAUCAGCAGCUACGUAGGAGACAGGAAGCCAGACGAGGAACAGCACUACCCUCUUGCUCGGUCACUCCUCCUCUCCUCGUGCCCCUUGGCGGCAUACGAGACCUUCAAUCACCCGGUCGGAGUCCUCUUUGCGAUCUCCUCGGGAGAUGCAGACCCUCUCAUGGCGAUGCGGCGGCUUGUGCAGCAGCAUAUUGGCGCAGUGCAGACUGUACCGUGGAUGGACGCUGUGAAUGUGUUGAAGUUCUACGUGGUGGUCCACGAUGCCGGCAGGCAAGGGCAGGACAUGGCUCAGGCGAAUGAGAUCCUGAUGGCCGUCAAGAAGACAUACGGACCGCACUCCACCCUGCUCAUCACCAACUCGCGACCCCCGCCCACCUCUCCGCCUUCCACACCCGAUACUCGGCCACAUCCCGCCAUAUCCCUUCCACGCCCCCUCACUUCCGAGGAAGACAGCCCCGGCGCCAUCUCCCAGAUCUACGCGUCUGCCCUUUCCUCUCUCGCCCUUUCCCCAAUGUCCGCCGUGGCCGCAGCAAUGGGGGACGAGUCCUCCUCGGACACGCCCGCUCGGAGAAAUCUUUACGGUGCCGCUUUAUCCGCAGAGGAUACUCAGCGAUUAGCGGCGCUGGUGAGGGAGCUAGUCGUGCAGAGUCUGUUACCGUGGAUGGAGGCGCGGGUGAGGGAAUGGAACGAGGUGUAUCAUGCGAAUAGGCGGGGCAUUACAGGAAGGCUUUUUGGGGCAGGGAGGAAGUUCUUUGGGAGUCGUCCCGCGAGCCCUGCGCCGAAUGCUUCUGCGACGGGCUAUAACACUGCCAAGGGAUACUACCCCAUCGCGGCGGUCGAGUCCCUCACCAGACGCCUCGCAGACUUUGCAUUCAUGCUCCGCGACUACCGCUUCGCAUCUAGCAUCUACGACUCCCUCCGACGCGACUAUGCGCAAGACCGCGCCCUACGCCACUCGGCAGCGGCUACGGAGAUGUACGGUCUCUCGCUCCUCCUUUCCAACCCUUACUUCUUCCCUUCGACCCCACCCCGCCCGAUCGCCCUGACGCCCUUCACGACCCUCCAGCACACCGAUAUCUCGUCCUGGCUCGAGCAGGCCGUCUUGGCGUACUAUGAUGCUGGACAGGGGAUCCAGCUGGAUGCUCUGCGGGCGACAUUGCUAUAUUAUGAGGCCUGGAAGAUGAUUGGGGAGUAUAGGGGCGUGGGGGCAGCACUGGUCCGCGCGGCGGGCGAGGCAGAGGAGGUCGUGGGCGCGGUGAUGAUUGAGGAGGCGGCGCAGGCUGAUUUGAGGGGUGGGAGGGAUCCGGAAGGGAGGGGAAGGAGGAGGAGGGCAUUCCACCUGGUUAUAGCUGGAAGGAGGUACGAGACUGCCGGUCUGAAAUCGUACUCUCGUCGAUGUCUGACCCGUGCGGCGGAAAUAUAUCGCUCAACGCCAUGGACAGCCAUCAAAGACAGGAUAGAAUACUCGCUUGGUAGACAAGCGUACGCUUCGGGCGAGAUGGCGGGUGCUGUACGCCACUUCCUGUCUUUACUGGGCAGGGACGACACGGGUGUUCCGGGCAGUCAAGGGGGUCCCUUGGAGGAUAUGGGCCUGGCAUAUGAGCAACUCGUCAGCUAUCCUGAACAGCUCGAGGAGAUCAAGGGGACGCUUCGACUCCCAACGCCGGUCUUCGACGUCCAAAAGACGCGGAUUGUGGGCAGUGCGAGCGAAGCUUCCGGCAGUCGGAGCCAAGGACGGUACACCGAGCUGGAGGCGAAAGCGCUCGGAGAGUGGGAUCGGAAGGGCAAGAAACCGAUGCGCCUUCUCCCGGAUCAAGGGCGGACGGAGGUCAAUGCCGGAUACACUUUCCACGUCCAGCUGCAUGCUACAAACCCCCUCAAUACCCCUCUUAUCAUCUCGGACUUGACGGUGGCCUUCUCCUCCCCUACCCUCGUUUCCGCCGAUAUCCAGAUCGAACACACCCCAGAGGUCUCGCUGGAAGCGUACGAGACCCGCCUGGUCCAUAUCUCCGUCACCGUCCCUUCUCCCGGCAGCGUCACCCUCGACUCGGUAUCGUUCCUCUUCCACAAGUUCCUCCCCGUUACUCAACCGCUCAAGAAGCGCGGGAAACGGCUGCACGCGACGAAAGCGCAGAGGAUCAGUACGGAGUAUGGGACAGAUACGAGUCUUACGGCGCAGAUCUUCCAGGGCGGACCGAGCAUCCGCGCGGAGCUGGUCAGGGUGGGUGAGGGGGUGGUGUAUGAUGGCGAAGAGGUGCAGCUGGGGUUGAGGAUACGGAAUGGAGGCGGAGAGGCUGUAGUGGGGGUGCAGAUGGUACUGGGGGAGGCUGGGUCUUUACAUUUGCGAGAGAAGGCUGAUAACUUAGAAGCACAAGGUGAUCAGAAUCUACCGAACCGGCUGGACGGGUCACAUACUCUUAAUCUCGAUGUUGCGGGCCUUGGACCAGGAGAGGAGAAGACCAUACAUGUCGUCUACACACCACGAACGACCGGUCCGAUCGAUCUUGACGUCCUCGUACUCGGUAACUCCGCAGGCGAGGAAGACGAGAUCGCCUGUACGCCCGCCAGCCUAUCCUUCGACGUCCGGCCCUCGCUAGCCGUCUCGACGCGGAUCAGACCCUCGUCCGACUCUGGCGGAUAUCAAGUCUUGGUGGAAGCGCAUAAUCAGUCUGAUACGUCCAUACAGCUCGACGGGCUGCAUUCGUUUAGCCCGUACUGGUCCGCAUCGCCGGUCGAGCUGGGAUCGGUGGUACUCCUGCCGAACCAGACGUACAGGAUGGUCUUACCUGUACACCCGCCGAAGGAGCUACCGGCGAACCUGGACCUGCGGCAGACACAGCUGGUUGAUGCGCUGUCGCUCCUCAUUCAGGGCAAGCCCGCCGGAGAAACUCCGAUCGACCACCCCCCAAUUUCAAUCAUUGCCGCCAAGGACGGGUCCCCUAUCGAUCUAGGCGCCUACCUCGCCUCUCGACAGACAUACCGCGCCAAGUCACUCCGCUCUUCCUUCCCUACCAUUCCUUCGUCGCAACUUGCCUCCCUAUUCCCCUUGAUCGAUCCGCUCGAUCUCGACCUCAUCCUCUCCUGGUCCAUUCCUUCCUCUGCCCUUUCCAGCUCGUCUUCGGUGUCGCGGAUAGGCAAGACAUACAUCCACGCCCUCCGCCCCUCGCCCUCUUUCUCUCUCGUCGGCCCCAUCCACGAGCAGAUUGCCUCGGCGCUCGCUGGUGGCUCAAAGGCCAAGCGGACGAUGUAUGAGGAGACGGGACGGCUGAGGCGGGUAUUGGUUGAUAGUGUCCUGGAGGGAGGGCUGGCAGCGGAGGAUGAUCCGGUCGACGUGCGGAUGAAGGUGAAAGGGGCGGCCAGGGGAGUAUUGAGGCUAGAGGAGGCGGAGGUGGGCGCGACAGGCGUAGAGGUGGAACUGAGGAAUCGGUCGGUCGCCAUACCCGUCAGAUGGUUGCUAAGAUUACCGUCGGAUCUGUCCGGCAGCAGUAUGGGACAGAGGGACCAGGCAGUCUUCACUGGCUCGUUAGUCCAUAGUGGCACCCUACAGCCGAAUACAUCCGAGGUACUGCGUUGCAAGGUGCUUGUUCCGGAAUCGGGCAUGUUGGAUCUUAGCGGGUGGACGGCGGAUGUGGAGACUGGAGAUGAAGUAGAGGACGGGUGGAGGCCACGCAUGAGCUGGAGUAGAGUGGGAUCAGGGGGCGUGGUACAGAUUAUCAGGGAGUAG